AUGGCAGAGAUUGUUCCUGCAGAGCCCGGGUAUGCGAGUACGAGUAAUUCAGCUAACAGGAGGUCAUAUGUCACUAGUGAUACUAGACCCUUUACAAGAUUCAUUACUUCGGGCCAUGAUCCUGUCCCUGAGCCAUUUGAUAGUGAGAAGUUGCCAGUCACUUUGGUUUCGGAAAUUCAGAGAUUUCUACGUGUUGCUAACCAGAUUGAGCUUGAAGAGCCUCGUGUGGCUUAUCUUUGCCGCUUUCAUGCGUUUGAAGUGGCACACAACCUGGAUAGAAAUUCGAGUGGUCGUGGAGUACGACAAUUUAAAACUUCUCUUCUUCAGCGUCUUGAGCAGGAUGAAGAAGUUACAAUUAGGAAGAGGAAGGAAAAGAGUGACCUGCGUGAACUUAGACGUGUUUACCGUGAGUACAAGGACUAUAUUAUCAAACAUAGUGGAGAUAGUAACAUGCAGAACAGGGAAAAAAUGAUCAAAGCACGCGCUAUUGCUUCAGUUCUGUUUGAAGUACUACACACAGUCACUAAUGCCGCGGGUUCGCAGGCCCUUGCUGAGAAUGAGAACAUUGCAGCAAAAUCUGAGCUCUAUGUUCCGUAUAAUAUCCUUCCACUUGACCAGGGAGGGGUCAACCAAGCCAUAAUGCAACUCCCUGAGAUCAAAGUUGCAGUCGCCGCUUGUCGCAAUGUUCGUGGCUUGCCAUUUGUUGAAGACUUCAAGAAACGGGUAGUUUGCAUGGACUUGUUGGAUUGGCUCCAGUUUUGCUUCGGAUUUCAGAAAGGAAAUGUUGCAAAUCAAAGAGAGCAUUUAAUCCUUCUCCUAGCUAAUAUGCACAUACGUCAAUCCACCAAGCAUGGUUCAGGGUCGAAGCUAGGUGAUGGGGCUGUGGAUCCAUUGAUGAAGAAGUUUUUCAAAAAUUAUACAGAUUGGUGCAAAUUUCUGGGCCGAAAAAGCAAUAUUCAAUUGCCCUAUCUUAAGGAAGAGGCGCAACAGUAUAAGCUUCUCUAUAUAGGACUUUAUCUUUUAAUAUGGGGGGAAGCUGCAAAUUUAAGAUUAUUGCCAGAGUGUCUCUGUUACAUAUUUCAUCAUAUGGCGUAUGAAUUACACAGCAUGUUAGUUGGUGCUAUAGACAUGGCCACAGGCGACAGGAUAAUGCCAGUAUAUGGAGGAGGAUACGAAUCUUUUCUCAACAAUGUUGUCACCCCAAUAUAUAAAGUCAUACAAGAGGAAGCAAUGAAAAACAGAAAUGGAACAACAGACCAUGCAUCAUGGAGGAACUAUGAUGACUUGAAUGAGUUUUUCUGGUCAGAAGAUUGCUUUCAGUUAGGUUGGCCCAUGCGUAAAGAGCACGAUUUUUUCUUUACAAAUCUUCCUAGUGAUUGCAAAGAUGAGCCUAAAAAAUCAGCCAAGGCUAAAGAAGCCCAGAAGAACGCUAAUGAUGAUGAAGAAACGGAGCCUAUCACGGAUGAAGUUCACAAACCACGGGAGCAAAAAUGGCUAGGGAAGACAAAUUUUGUUGAAGUUCGUUCGUUUUGGCAUAUUUUCAGGAGUUUCGACAGAAUGUGGAGUUUUCUAAUCUUAUGCCUUCAGGCAAUGAUAAUUAUGGCAUCCCAUAACCUAGAAUAUCCAAUUCAAGUAUUUGAAGCAGAAAUUCUUGAAGAUGUAAUGAGCAUCUUCAUUACAUCAGCAGCUCUCAAACUGAUGCGAGCUAUCCUUGAUAUCACCUUCACAUGGAAAGCAAGAUGUACAAUGGACUCCUACAAAGUCAGAAGAAAUGUUUUGAAGGUUUUGGUUCCAGCAAUAUGGACUAUCAUCCUGUCCAUAUAUUAUGUUUAUCAUAGAGGGAAUUUAACCUGUUAUUCUAGAAAAAAUGUGAGCUGGCUUGGGGAGUGGUGCUAUUCUUCCUAUAUGGUUGCAGUUGCAUUUUACUUGAUGACUAAUGCUGUUGAUACCAUUCUAUUUAUUGUGCCUGCCGUUGGCAAGUAUAUUGAAACCUCCAAUUCCCGAAUGUGUCUGGUGUUUUCUUGGUGGAGACAGCCUAGGUUAUAUGUUGGACGUGGAAUGCAAGAAAACCAAGUAUCCCAAUUUAAGUACACUAUGUUUUGGGUGCUUCUGUUUUUAAGUAAAUUCAUCUUCAGUUACAAGUUUGAGAUUAAACCUCUAAUGGCACCAUCUAGGCAGAUCAUGAAGAUUGGGGUUAGGAACUACGACUGGCAUGAGCUUUUUCCCAAAGUUAAGAGCAAUGGUGGGGCGAUUGCUGCUAUUUGGGCUCCUAUCAUACUUGUCUAUUUCAUGGAUGCACAAAUAUGGUAUUCCGUCUACUGCUCAAUCUUUGGUGGGGUUUUUGGAAUUCUUCAUCAUCUCGGCGAGAUUAGGACACUGGGAAUGCUGAGGAGUAGAUUUCACACUUUGCCUGAUGCAUUCAGAGCCUACCUUAUCCCACAUAAGCUGAAAGAUGGCAAGGAAGGAGUCAGCAAGUGGUUGCUCUGUCAGGGACUUCAAAAGGAUUCAGAAAAGGACAAGAAUAAUGUUGUGAAGUUUGUUGUGAUGUGGAACCAAAUAAUUAGUAGCUUUCGCGAAGAGGACCUCAUAAGCGACAGGGAAAUGAAUUUGAUGAAAAUGCCUUUGUCAUCAGAACUUUUUUCAGGCCAAGUUCGUUGGCCUGUUUUCCUUCUAGCAAAUAAGUUGUCAACUGCAUUAAGUAUUGCAAAAGACUUUCAAGGAAAGGAUGUCGACAUUUUGAGGAAGAUUAAGAGAGAUGAGUACAUGUACUUGGUUGUAAUGGAAUGUUACAGUUCAUUGAAGUACAUUCUUGACAUUCUUGUAGUUGGUGACCUGGAGAGAAGAAUUAUAUCGGGCAUACUCGAUGAAAUUGACGAGAGCAUUCGAGGGUCAACACUUCUUGAGGAUUUAAACAUGAGUGAAUUACCAGUUUUACACACUAAAUGUGUUGAAUUAGCUGAUCUAUUGCUUCAUGGAAAUGAAGAUCAGCACUGCAAUGUUGUGAAAGUUCUGCAAGAUAUAUUUGAACUCGUAACCAAUGAGAUGAUGCGCAAGGGUUGCAGGACAUUGGAAUCCCUUUAUGGUCAUCCAGAAGAAGAGGAAGAUGACUACGAAUUCUUUUCAGGUGUGGAACCCGAGUUGUUUGGAUCAGUACAUUCAAUCCAUUUUCCAUUGCCUGAGAGUGGCCCUUUGAUGGAGAAGAUCAAGCGUUUUCAUUUGCUGCUUACUGUCAAAGAUACAGCGAUGGACAUACCCUCAAACUUGGAAGCUCAAAAGCGGAUUUCGUUUUUUUCAACUUCAUUGUUUAUGAAUAUGCCGAGUGCUCCAAAAGUGCGCAACAUGUUGUCUUUCAGUGUUUUGACUCCGCACUACAUGGAAGAUGUCAAAUAUUCAUCCAAGGAACUUCAUUUUAGCAAGGAAGGGGUUUCGAUUCUCUUCUAUAUGCAGAAGAUUUUCCCAGAUGAGUGGGACAAUUUUGUGGAACGCAUUGGAAGUGAAAAGCUAAGUACACCAAACGAUGAAAUCCUUGAGGACCUACGGAAUUGGGCUUCAUUUCGAGGGCAAACUCUAAGCAGGACAGUGCGUGGAAUGAUGUACUACAGGAAAGCUUUAAAGCUGCAAGCAUUUCUAGAUAUGGCUGAAGAUGAUGAUAUUCUUCAAGGUUAUGAUGCAAUAGAGAGGGGGAAUGAUACAUUGUCAGCUCAACUUGAUGCACUGGCGGACAUGAAAUUCACACAUGUAAUUUCGUGUCAAAUGUAUGGAGCACAUAAAUCUUCUGGAAACCCACAGGCUCAGGACAUACUGGACUUGAUGAUAAGGUACCCUUCACUUCGAGUUGCUUAUGUGGAAGAGAAAGAAGAGAUUGUGGGAGAUCAGAAAGUAUAUUCUUCUGUAUUAGUUAAGGCUGUAAAUGACCUCGACCAGGAGAUAUAUCGUAUAAAACUCCCGGGUCCACCCAACAUUGGAGAGGGGAAACCUGAGAAUCAAAAUCACUCAAUAAUUUUCACUCGUGGAGAAGCUCUCCAAGCAAUAGACAUGAACCAGGAUAAUUACAUGGAGGAAGCUUUCAAAAUGAGAAAUUUGCUGCAAGAAUUCACUCGCAAUCGAGGGCGUAAUUCGCCCACAAUUAUUGGCAUGAGAGAGAACAUAUUUACUGGAAGUGUGUCUUCUUUAGCAUGGUUUAUGUCCUAUCAAGAGACCAGCUUUGUCACCAUCGGUCAAAGACUUCUAGCAAAUCCACUCAGGGUAAGGUUCCAUUACGGUCAUCCUGAUUUGUUCGAUAGAAUCUUUCACUUAACUAGGGGUGGGAUUAGCAAAGCAUCAAAGACCAUAAACUUGAGUGAGGAUGUUUUUGCAGGUUUCAACACUACACUUCGACGUGGGAUUAUUACGUAUCAUGAGUAUAUGCAAGUUGGAAAAGGCCGUGAUGUAGGCCUCAACCAAAUUUCAAAGUUUGAGGCUAAAGUGGCAAAUGGAAACAGUGAACAAACUUUAAGCCGUGACAUAUACAGGCUUGGGCGGCGGUUCGACUUCUUCCGAAUGCUCUCUUGUUAUUUCACGACUAUAGGAUUUUACUUCAACAGCUUGAUCUCAGUAAUUGGAAUCUAUGUGUUCCUCUACGGGCAACUAUACCUUGUUCUUAGUGGUCUGCAGAGGGCAUUACUUGUUGAGGCAAGAAUACAUAACAUAAAAUCUUUAGAAACUGCCCUGGCUUCUCAGUCAUUUAUCCAGCUUGGUCUCUUAACGGGCUUACCCAUGGUGAUAGAGAUUGGACUUGAGAGAGGUUUUCUUAAUGCUCUUAAAGAUUUUGUUCUCAUGCAAUUGCAGCUGGCUUCCGUUUUCUUUACUUUUUCAUUUGGAACAAAGGCUCACUAUUAUGGUCGAACAAUCCUUCAUGGAGGGGCCAAGUACAGACCAACUGGCCGUAAGGUGGUAGUAUUUCAUGCAAGCUUCUCAGAAAAUUAUAGAUUAUACUCUAGAAGCCACUUCGUAAAAGGAUUUGAACUAGUUCUUCUAUUGAUUGUCUAUGAUCUCUUUAUGAGAUCCUAUGAAAGCAACGUGGCAUAUGUGUUGAUAACAUAUGCAAUCUGGUUUAUGUCAAUGACUUGGUUGUUUGCCCCUUUUCUGUUUAAUCCCUCUGGAUUCAACUGGGAAAGAAUUGUGGGUGACUGGAAAGAUUGGAAUAAAUGGAUCGUGCAGCAGGGUGGAAUUGGAAUUCAACAAGAUAAGAGUUGGCAUUCUUGGUGGCUUGAUGAACAAGACCAUCUUCGCAAUGCAGGGCUGGGUUCUCGGUUGAUAGAAUUGUUACUUUCUCUGAGAUUUUUCCUGUACCAGUACGGGUUGGUCUACCACCUGGAUAUAUCUGGACAGAACAAAAACUUCAUUGUAUACGUCCUCUCAUGGGUGGUCAUUGUCGUAAUUUUUCUUCUCAUCAAGGUGGUGAAUUUGGCGAGAAGACACUUUAGUGCCGAAUAUCAACUGGCAUUCCGGCUGUUUAAAGCAUUUCUGUUUCUUGGUAUUCUGGCCACCAUAAUAACUCUGUCAAUCAUUUGUCAUCUGUCCUUUAGAGACUUGGUUGUCUGCUGUCUUGCAUUUCUGCCUACUGGUUGGGGAUUGAUCCUGGUUGGACAAGCUGCAAGACCAAAGAUUGAGGGAACUGCAUUGUGGCAUUUCACCAAGGUCUUUGCGCGCUCAUACGAUUAUGGGAUGGGCGUAGUUCUUUUUGCACCCAUUGCAGCCCUUGCAUGGCUUCCUAUCAUUUCGGCUUUCCAGACUCGGUUCCUCUUCAACGAGGCUUUCAGCAGGAGGCUGCAGAUUCAACCAAUUCUUGCAGGGAAGAAGAAGAAGCAUACAUGA